CUCAAACAUCCGGUUUAUAAAAAAUUGUGCCCGAAAUAGUAAAGUGUUUAGAGAUUCUAAAUAACGAACUAUGUAGCAUUUAUUUGGUUCUGGUAGUGUUCUGAAUUUAAGAAAACGUUAAUCAAUCUGUAGCAACAAUGUCAAGAGCUGCGGUAUCUAAAUCUCGAGCUGACAAGGGCUCUAAACCAGCCCCAGCCCACACUCCAGUCGUUGCUCAUGAAAUUGUACCAGGAAAAUUCAAUGAUCAGGACUGGACCUGGAUGUUGGAUAAAGAUGGAGCAGAAGAUUUCAUUGAGGAUAUUGUGGAAGAAAUAGUUGAUACAUCACUAGAUAAAAUUUAUAAAUUAUAUUUAGAUAGACAGUUAUUACCAUUCACUGUUACCAUGGCAAAGGAUGCUAUCCUUCAAGUUAUAGAGUGGCAAUUUUUAUCAAGAGAUGAAGGAGAGACAGAACUUGAAUCAACUGGAGAAGGAUGGAUAGAAGACGAAGAACCAGAUGCUGCUACAACAGACUGUUGGGCACAAGGUUCAGUACCUAAAAAUAUAAUACCAAAACGUCCAAUCUCACCUGUGGCAGAGGAGUUUGAUGAACAUCCAGACGUAAUUGAUGAGGAACCGCCAUCUCUUGAUGAAGAAAAUACUAAAGUUACAGAAGAACCAGAGGAACUUGAAGAUAAAGUUUCAGAUGAUGAAAAACCAGAAGAAGAAGAAAAGAAGGCAGAACCAGUACAGGAAACAAAGCAGAAAAAGAAGACUAAAUUCAAGCCAUAUACAGGUCGUCUCAAGUCUGCAAGUGUUAGUCAGAUGACCCAGUCAUUAGAUGAUAGUGAAAUGAGUAUGGUUGCUGCUCAAUUGAAAGCCUCUUUCCAAGAACAACAGGGAAAUCUUAGUGGUCUUGUCAAUAUGCCAGCAUCAUGUCAUUCAAUAUUAAAAGUACAAGCUGGACGCCCACCUGGAAAUAAGGAUGUUCUGUAUGAUGACAGGGGAAAUGUCGUGGCUGUUGUCAAAUUAAAUCCUGACAGAUUACCUUCACAUAGAAUAAAAGUAAACUAUCAAGUAGUAGAUCCCUCUGUAGAAGCUGCCAAGGCCAGACUUGAUGCUAUGAAACAUGGAAGAUAUUCAGUACAGAGAAUGAAGAAGAAGAAAUCAGAAACAAGAUCAUCCAUAGAUACAUCAACAGAAUUUAUGCCUAAAGAAACCAAAACACCACUGCCACCACCACUGAUUGAAGCUAUGGAGUUGGCACCAGGUGUCACUGUGAAAGAAGGAGACAGAACAAGAAGAGGACCAGUAAGGUAUGUGAGAAAGGCUGAUUUAUUUGCUGCCAGCCAGAAGAAUUUAAAUCCAGUGAAUCAGAAUACAAAAGGACCAACAUUAAAUGUUGUUGACCUUCUUGAUAGACAUACACCGAUAUUGCGACCAAUUAGAGACUCACCGCCCCUUCCCCCUAUUGUACCACACCCUCCAAAUCAAGCUAGAAUAACCACGUGAAUAAAUAUUGUACAGUAUUAUAUUAUUGAUAUUUAUAUAGUCAGACGAUAUGAUUCGAGCACUUAUUUAAAAAAAUGAACGAACUGCUUUCACUGAUCAGUAAGGCUUAUUACUGUUUGUCAGAACUUAUUGUGAAGUCUUCUGUUCAAGUGUCAUAUCUUUGAUACUUCUAGUUGACUGUUAUAAAAUCUUGUCCAUCAAAUCUUUUGUAUGAAGGUAUAUUUACUUAUAUUAUACAGCCAGGAUGCAGAAAAAUGUAACAUUGGUAUUUUGAACACCUUUAGGAUUGUUAUUAAUUUUCAAAUUAUUAUGUUAUUGAAUUUACUGAAAUUUCUGAAUGUAGAAAUCACCGAAGGACAACUAAAUGUUAUUUGAAUUAGUCCAAAUGUUAAUGGUCUUCAACCUUUAUACAGAUUUAACUGUUACAACUUUCAAUGUUAAGUCACUAAAUACAAGUUUUAAAUGUUUAAUUGAAGGUUUCUGAUGAUAUUGAAUGAUAAAUGUACAUGUAUGUUAAGAGGGUAGACUUGGCUUUAAGGAGAUAACUGUUGACAUCAUUAAUGUGUUUGUAAAAAGCAGUUUCAGCGAUGCUUUAAAAGCACUCAUGUGAAACAGAAUUAAGAUAAUCUGUAUUACUUAGAAGCUUAGUAUAUAUUUAUGGAAGAGGCUGACACAAACAUUCUAGUGAAUAACAAGAGUUAUUUCCCUUUACCUAGGUCUGACAACCAAAAGAAAAAAAACCAAAUUAAAUCAUAACUUUAGAAGUAAGUAAAUUGUAAUGCUUUAGUGCUGAAUUUGAAUGACUAUAGAUAAGACCAUGAACAUAAAAUAAACAUUGUGUUGUGUGUUUUUUUAAAGAGGAAAUUGUUAUGAGCAUUUUAUACAAUUAUAUUUAAUUGUGAAUAUUUAAUUAUUAAACCUACAAAUAUG